AAUGGCGUCGGUUUCUUGGCUCAGACGUAAACAGCCUCGGUUUCCUUCUCAGAAAGGAAGACCAGGGCAACUGGAGGAAUCACAGCGACGCGAUGGGAACGAACAGUCUUGGUUUUGAUUAAACCUUUUUUAUUACAAAUCUCCAUCAAUUUUGAGGAAAAUCUUGGGUUUGUUAAAGAGCCACCGACCCGGGCCUCAGUCCGCGGUCUUGAGUUGAACAGUCGUCCGAUAUCAGAGCGACUGCGUCGGUGUGAGUAACAGAGCCUGACCGCUCAUAAUGGGAGACAGUAGAGAUUCCCGCAGUCCAGACAGCUCAUCCGUAUCCUCACCCCCAUCAGGCCAGCGUUCGCCACCACUGACCCCAUCAGCCGCCUCCAUGACCUCUCUGCCACCCAUGACAUCAGCGGUGAACAGUCCCAUCAGCAGCAUGGGCUCACCUUUCUCAGUCAUCAGCUCCUCUCUGGGUUCUCCCUGCCUUCCUGGAACUCCUUCUGUGGGCUAUGGCCCCAUCAGCAGUCCACAGAUCAUGUUUCCCAGAAAUAUGGAGAUCAACUCUACCGUGUCCAUGUCGGGCCUGCACGCUGUCAGCAGCUCUGAUGAUGUGAAGCCACCAUAUGGUUUAAAACCGCUGUCCUCCCACAGCCCCGGGCCUAUGGUCUCACAGAAACGCUUGUGUGCCAUUUGUGGAGAUCGAUCAUCUGGUAAGCACUAUGGAGUUUACAGCUGUGAGGGCUGCAAGGGCUUUUUCAAACGCACAGUGAGAAAGGACCUGAGCUACACGUGCAGAGACAACAAGGACUGUAUGGUAGAUAAACGUCAGAGGAACCGCUGCCAGUACUGCCGCUACCAGAAGUGCCUGGCCAUGGGGAUGAAGAGAGAAGUGGUCCAAGAUGAACGACAACGAUCCGUUCAGGAGGAGCGUCAGAGAAACAAGGAGCGGGAAGGCGAGGUGGAGUCCACCAGUGCUGCCAACGAAGAAAUGCCGGUCGAGAAGAUUCUGGAGGCAGAGAUGGCCGUUGAGCAGAAAACCGAGCUGCAUGCGGAUGGCAGCUCAGGGGGAAGUUCUCCAAAUGAUCCGGUCACAAACAUCUGCCAGGCCGCUGAUAAACAGCUCUUCACUUUGGUUGAAUGGGCGAAACGAAUCCCUCACUUCAGUGAGCUCUCAUUGGAUGACCAAGUUAUCCUGCUGCGAGCCGGCUGGAAUGAGCUUCUGAUCGCCUCAUUUUCUCAUCGCUCCAUCACGGUGAAGGACGGCAUUCUGCUGGCCACCGGUCUCCACGUGCACAGGAACAGUGCUCACAGCGCAGGGGUGGGAGCCAUUUUUGACAGGGAGAGUGCGCACAAUGCAGAGGUUGGGGCCAUAUUCGACAGGGUGCUGACAGAGCUGGUGAGCAAGAUGAGGGACAUGCAGAUGGACAAAACAGAGUUGGGCUGUUUGAGAGCCAUUAUCCUUUUCAACCCAGAUGCAAAGGGAUUGUCAAGCCCAAGCGAGGUGGAGUUACUGAGAGAGAAAGUCUAUGCAUCACUGGAGGCUUAUUGUAAACAGAGAUAUCCUGACCAGCAGGGAAGAUUUGCUAAACUCCUCCUCCGACUGCCAGCACUGCGUUCUAUUGGCUUAAAGUGUCUGGAGCACCUGUUCUUCUUUAAGCUGAUCGGCGACACCCCAAUCGAUACCUUCUUAAUGGAGAUGCUUGAAGCUCCUCAUCAGCUGACCUAGUCUGCACCGUUCUUGAUCCGGAACAGUCCGGUUUGCACCAGGGUAUCGCAGUCUCCCUGGACUCUGGGGCUUUACUGUGUCUCACUUUCCAUUUACACCUUUCCCAUUUAUCCCCACUGCACCUUUAAACCAGUACAGCCCCAAAAAGGACUUCAGCUGUCUAAAAAAACAAUCUUGUUUUCCAUGUAAUGUUUUACAGAGAGAUCUUAUUUUUCAACUUAAAUCUUAAACUUCAGUUUAAAGACUUCAACUUCCAGUUUUCAGAUCUUAGGUUUCUAGAUGUUACGUUGAAUGCACAAACUGUACUUUUUUUCGUUUUGCGCUGCAGUUAAAUAGUCUGCCGGCUGAACACAGUGCAUGUGUUGACUGGGGUGAGAAUUUUUAUCCAGCGAGCCCUUUGGCUGGUACGAAUCGUUUCGUUAGUCCCAGAUUGCAAUGUGACUCUGGAAUACUGCUAACAUGUUAUAUUCGGGCUUUAACCUUGAAAUCAGACUUUGUACUGUACUCAUGAAAUGAGUCAUUUAAAAAUGGCAUUGACUUUUUUGGCUUGCUGCAUCUGGCCCAUAUGAAAUGCAGGCCAAAGUUUUACAUUUGUGAAUAAUGUAUGCAGGCUUUUAACGGUGGGGCAUGAAUUUUUGAUCAUGCACCAAUGAAAGCCUAAAGGCACAGAAUCUCGCAGGAAAAUCCUGCUCUUUAUGCGGCAAUAGGAGGGUCGACCUUGUUUUUAUUUUUUUGUUUUGUUUUCCCUAAUGGGAAUGUUAUUAAAGUUGUUAAGAGAUUUUUGGUACCUUCUAGAGGACCAUGUACCUUCUGCCAUUUUCAUAUUUCCCAAUCUUUUUGAUAUUUUCCUCUCCAAUUCCUCAUUUAGGAAAUCCACAACCCCCCCUCGGAAAAAAAUAGAUAUUUAUGAAGUGUGUGUGCUGUGAUGUAUGAAUAUGUCCAACCACUCUCGUCCUUCUCUUGCUUUAGGACACUUUUUUGUUUUGUGUGUAUUCAACAGUGAAGAAAUCGGUUUGUAAGCAAGCUCCUGGUACUUACGAUGGCAUAGAAAACAACAGGUUUUCAGGUAGAAAUUCAUAAAGGACCUUUUACAUUCCAUCCGUACAGGUCACAAUGCUUAUCUCAUAGCAGAUAUCUUAUUCCUGAAGAUCACUAGUUUGUCUGUAAACGUGUCUGUCCUAUUCAGGGAGACUAGAAUCACAUAGCAGUACAAGUUCUGUGAACAGCCAUUGCUGCGAAAGGUCAAAACCAGCAUACUUUACAAUCUCUAUGCAUUUAAGGAGGGUAGCAUAGUCUUGGGUAGCAUUGUUUGGUCGUUAAGCAUGAUCAUUUAUUGAGCAAACGCACCAGUAUUGAUGAUGGGUCUUUAUAUUAACCUAUUGGUGUUUGGGGGUUCAGGCCAAAAUGUGUAAUUUUCAGUAAUUUUAGGUAGUGAGUUGGUCAAAUACUGACAGUAUUUGGAGAUUUUAGCAAAUGUUCCCAUCUGUUUUGGUGCUAAUAAUGACAAAGGUUAGAAAUAAAUGUUAACAUCAGUAUUAACAUCGAACUAACCCACCAAUGAUUAAAAUAUGCAAUGUACUCAAAUAAGGUUGAAUUUGAUAUAUACCCAGAUCAACACUUCUCAUCUUGAAGUGUAGUGUUUAUCUAUAUUUGAACAGUUUUAUACAUUAAUCAGGUGCUUAAUUUACUAAGUAUAAUUAAUAACAUGCAGAAUUUUAACUUUAGCUUGCAAAUAAUUUUGGAGAAUUAAUUUGUGCUGUAUGCCACUAUACAUGCUUGCCAUUACAUGUGACUAAAUCCAGACUUCCAAUUAAAGCUGUGUUCCUUUAUAACAGUUGUUUCUUUUUGCCAUCCCUUCCUGUGUUUCCUUUUGUUUUGUACCGUUGGAGAGAGAUCCUGUCUUGCGGUUUUUACAAUGUGAAUCACGACCGAUUUGUUGAUACUUGACAGUUUAGGUUUCUCGUAUCUGUGAGUGUGUAUGAGUGCGUGUGUGUGUGUAAUAGGUGCCCUGUUUUUUUUAGACUUUACCAAUUUGUAAAGAUUUCCUUAAAAUAGUGCAAUGUACCCAUCUCUUAUUACUUGAUUCCAGUUUACCGUUAUUGAAAUCGUGAAACUUUCACAUGGCCGACCCUCCCUGUAUUUUAGGGUCCACUUUUUCUCCCCUUUGUUACUUUAUCAUACUCGUGUCAUUUAAGAGCCUUUACAUUAGUUUAAAAAUGAAUAGAUUGAAUAAUAUAAGGCUCACACAGGCUUUUCACUGUCUCAGCCGCAAAUACCCAUGAUGCACCUGAAACGAUAUGAUACUGCCAAACAGGUGCGAGUCGUCUUAUGGGUGUUCCUGACCCCAAAUGGUUGACUGUGUACUGUGAUGAUCACUAAACGGAGCCCCUUUUAUAUCUAUUUAUAUAGAGUUGAGCCGAUCGGACGUUUAAAAUGAAAAAGAGGGUUCUGUUUGUGCUUUGUACUUAGGCCAUGGUGCUGCAAUUUUCGUCAGGUGUGGAAAGCCCUCCUGUUUGUGUAUUUGAAGCCGCGCGGCGCUCUGAAAUAUGCACAGUGCAAACUUGAAUUAAUCUCUGCCUGAGAAUGACGUGGUUGUGCAUGUUGCCGUCUGAGAGCUGAUUCACUUUUAUCUUCAUUGUCGCUUAUCAGUGAAUGUUUGUUUGCUUCUUUAAAGAAAGAUAUGCAUACGACGCAAGAGUGAAGUCGAAGCUUUUGCCAAGGUGGAGUGGUUGUCACGAAACCUUUUUUUAAACAUGUCCAGGUCACGUUUUGUUUCAAAAUUAAUAGAAAGCUUUUGUUGCUUUUAAAAGUUCAGUUUUUCAUAAUUGUACAUUUGAUAAAUAACAUUGUAUUCCACUUAUGACCAUUAAGAAUAAUGGAAAUAUAUUUUAAAAACAUUUGUGGGGGUAAAUGUGUUUGCUUGUGAAAAAAUUGAAAAUCGUACUGGUCUAAUAAAUAGACCAUUAUGCAUUUUUUCAAUUUUGUUUUGAAAUGUGAUCUGGACAUGUUUUUAUUCAAUUCACUCAUACAUUGAUGUGUUGAAUGAAAUUACAGCUGAAUGGGGAGGGAUUGUUUUUGUAUUAAAUGGGUGGGAUUAUGAAGAUGGUGAUUGUUUAAGAUUGUUUAAUGGGAGCUUAAAAGACUCCAAACUUGAAAUGAAAGAACUUUCUUAAUUACACCCACCAAAAAGAAACUUUUUUUGCUUCUCGCUGUGUUUUCCUAUGCUUUACAUCUUUGUGUAUCCUGAUGUAUUAGUGCAAAAACUAUUAUUUGGGGUGUUUUUCCCCUACGCCCUUCUCUCUUUACUUUUUCUGUCUAGUUUCUAAUCUGUCCAGCAAUUGUGGAAGUAAUUGAGUGUACUGAGCGUGAAGAAAGAAGUUUGUUUUUUCUUCUUUUGCUUUGUCAUUAAUUCAAAAUCUGUUUUUGUUGGAUGUAUCAUGUGUAAGUAAAGGUUUUAUUACAGCA